GGUUGCCAAAUUUUGACACUAGUUCUAGUUAUUGGGAAGUAAAUGUAGAAUUUUUAUUUUUUACUUGGAAAAUAUUUUCUUUAAUAAAUAGUUAAAAGCUACACUACUUUUAGCUAAGGAGAGCGCACAAUUAGCAGUCUCAAAAUUAUAUACAUAAUUUUGUUUGAGUCUUAACGUGUAAUGGCAGGAAUGAACAAUUAUUCAACGUUGAUGUAUGCGACAAAUCAAAAAAAUGAGGACGAAGACAGAGAGGAGCCAGAACAACGCACCCGCCUACGUAAUAUAUAUAGUGCCAGCCAAUUGCAGGGUUCAAUGAUUACUACAGCAAACGCUACCGAACCCGGUGCUGGCGGAAGUACUCUAGUGCCACCAAACACAUUAAAUUUACAACGUACACACAUACACUAUGCAUUGCAUGAUGAUCGACAGUUGCAUACACAAAAUUAUAUCGACAGUUUAGGAGGUUCCACACAUGAUAUGACUGCUGGUUCGACGGGAUUGAAGUAUGUCAAUUCGGAACGUGAUCUCUCUUUGCCUUUGGAAAAGCAUAAAGCGCUCGAAAACUACUAUGACAGUCAGGAGGAUGAAAUAUCUAUUCGAAAAUAUCUCGGAAUAGGCGUGCAGUGGGUCAGUCUAGUAACCGAAAAUCUGCUUAGCCACCCUUUUAUUGUAUUACGCCGGCAAUGUCAGGUUUAUAAUGCUUCCAGACGUUAUCAUCUACACCCGUUUGCACUCCUGCCCAGCAUUAUACAUUUGCAUCGAAGACAAGGCGUUACCACACUCUGGAAAGGGUUGGGCAGUUGUUUGCUGGUACGAGGCAUGUCUCUAGCUGUUGAUGAUGUUAUUUCAAAAGUAACAUACUGGCCGAAAGAAGUGGAUAGCCGUACAACACUGAAGAAAUUUGGACAACAUUUAAUUUUAAAAUGCAUAAGCAUUGCAAUUGUAAUGCCCUUUUAUUCUGCUUCGCUAGUGGAGACAGUGCAGAGUGAUAUAGCUAGUGAGAAACCCGGCCUCUUUGAUGUUUUUCGUGAAGGUAGCUUACGUUUGCUAUAUUGGAGCUCACCACAAAAGGGACGUAUGCUUCCGGCUUGGUAUUUGAUUGGACCUUGCAUAUCUGUGGGUAUUACAAAAUAUCUAUUCGGACUUGUCAUCAAAGGCAUUUCAUCUCGAAUCAUGCGUCGUCGUAUACAACAAGCUCAAGAACGAAAGGGUGCCAAAUAUAAGGAUGACACAUUGGAGAAUCAAAAUGUUGAAAUUUAUUCAAAUCUAAUUUCAGUGCUCACUUCAGAAGUUAUAUUUUACCCAUUUGAAACGAUUUUACAUCGUAUUCAACUACAAGGCACACGUACGAUUAUAGAUAACCUCGAUAACGGUUAUGCUGUUGUACCUAUACUUACUAAUUAUCAGGGAGCUAUCGAUUGCUAUCGUACCACAGUCUCAACCGAAGGAUUCUCCGGGUUAUACAAAGGAUUUGGUGCUAUAGUUUUGCAAUUCGCAGCCCAUAUUGCUGUCAUAAAGCUUACAAAGUGGGUUGUAACACAAAUAACAGAAGUAAUUUCUAGUCGGCCACCACAGAAAGUUAUGCAAUAUUAUAAUUUGGAUCGUGGGAUAAUCUCGAAUUCAACAACAAUUUCACCAAGCCUCAGUUCUAACAGUGAAAUGGAUGUUCAAAGUGUCGGUAAUGGUUCAUUAGAUUAAUGAACUGAUAUUAUGAUAUGAUUGAGUUUUUCAAAAACCCGUACUUUAUUCAAAUGUAUACUCGGCAAACUCAUGAAAAAUGUGUUAUAUUAUACUAUAGAUAUAUGUACAUAUAUGUAUAAAUACAAUCUGCUUUCUAGUUACAAACAAAAUUAAAUUUAAUUAAUAAUAAAACAAACAUAUUUAAAUGAUAGCAGUGCUAAAUUGCAUGAUUCUAUUAUGUAUCAUUAAUUUUAACGAUAUAUAUUGUAAAUUUUGUUAAUUAUAAAUUGAAAUUGAUGCGAAUAUAAAUAUGCGGCUAAAAAAUCUAUUAAUAACACGGAA